AUGGUCUCCCUGAACGGGAAACGGGGCCAGCCCCGCUCCCCGACGGAGAGCCACGCGGGAGGCGAUGGGGACAUCGAUGCCCUCCUGCAAGAGCUGGACUACCUCUCCGGCCGCUUCCACCUGGAGAUGAACCUCACCUUCGAGCCUGGCAGCCGCGCGAGUCGGGGGUGAGACAUGAGGCUCAAGAGGGACUGCCUGCUGUGCGAGCUGGAGCCGGGCGCUGGCGGCCAGCCGCACGCUGCCAGCAACCCCCUGGGUGUUUUCACUUUCCUCCUGGCUGAGACAGGGGACAAGUUAUUUCCGAGCUGCUACAGCAAUGUUCUUAAAGCAACUACCAAACCUGCCAAUGUCCCCUUUGGGCAACAAAGUGCUGCUUUUGGUGCUAAUGUCCACUGCGGAAAGGAGGAAGGGGAUGGUCCUCUGUGCUCUCAGCAGAGGGUCCACCAGGGCCUCCUCAGAGCCUCGGGGGUUGGGACUCUGGGUCAGGGCACGCUGGGGCUGGGGGAGCCCCACGGCUCAGCGCUGAGCUGCUUUUCAACGCUGAGAUCCCAUUGCAGGCUGGACGGCAUCCUGACGACCCAGGGAUGCGAGGAGCGCGGGAGGCUGCCCGCCUUCAACAGGACCCUGAUGCUGCGCCGGCAAGUGAUCGAGCCCCCCAACGCUCACUGCAUAGCCCUGGCCUGGUGCCCUCUUGGGAUACUACUGGACUGGAAAGAAACAUUUUCCACCACCCCAACAGGGAUCCAGGACUGUGGCUACUCUGAGACCGACCCCCUCGACUGCUUUGGCAAGGCAAUAGAAACAGCAAAAGACAACCCUCCCAUCCCGAACCGCCCGGCAAAAAUCUUCCACUUGCUGGGCAAGCAGGAGAUGGCCAAAGGGAUAUGCAGCAUGGCACUGGAUGCUCCAGAGGAUCCAGAGCUCAGCUGGCAGGAGUACUGCACCUGGGCGUGGAUAGGUCACUGCCUCCAAACCUGCCCUUCAUACCCAUCACGGUUUGGCCAGAGACACAGUGACGUUUCCUCUGGUGUCCAGGGCCACAUGAAGCUGUACCCGCAAGAUCUGAAGUGCACCAAGAUGGGACUGGCCCCUGCACCUGACAGGAGAAAGCUUACGCAUGCUAAAAAUGACCUCAAGAAGGUCCUCAAGGUUUGUCUGAGCCUGAGGACAAACCUGGACGUGGGCCAGGAGUAUUACUAUAUGAGCGUGGAGGCCAUGCAAGGACUGUUCCUGGUGGGUGAAACUGCACUGAACAACGCCUUGGCUUUCUUGGCCAAAGCCAUGGAGUUUGACCUUGGCAAGACCAUACCCAAAUUACAGCUGUUCAAAGGCAAAUGCCUGUGGCUUAAAGAGGAGGAAACAGAAGCCACGGAGUGCUCCAAGCAGGCAAUUAUCGAACUGGACGAUGUGGGCUCCACCGAGAGCUUGCGGUGCCUGCUGGAGACACGGCCCAGGCUCUUCCUCCAGAAGCAGCUCAGCAGGGACGAGCUAACGCGGGAGGUGGAGCUGCGGGUUAAGGUGGCCGAGGAGAAAUUCCCACCGCAGCGGGUGCAGCAGGAGCGGAGGGAGCCCCACCACAACCCCUCGCCGGAGGCAACGGAGCUCCCCAAAGCCGCGGUCGCCCACGGCAGGAUGGGGCUGGCGAAGCUGCUGUUCGAGGCAACGGAGACGGAUCCUUUCAAGGCCGAGAUAAAUGAGCCGUCACCACCCCUCUGAGUCUCCAGGGAUGGCUGCGGAGUCUGCAAAGCUUUCAGUUUGCUAAAACUUUAUUAAUUAAAAAUAUAUAGA